AUGUCUACUGAAAAGAGUAAAAGAGCAAUUCGACGAGGAAAUCGAGCUUUCGUAACGAAAGUUAUUCAGACGGCAAAUGACGCCAUUGACAAGUUUGGUGGAACUCAGGCGGAGAAAGAUGCGUUAGAGGGUUGUAAAAUCACGUUAAUCGAUAAGAAAGAAUCCAUAAGAAAGCUUGAUGAAGCUAUUCUGAAUGAAAUUGAAGAUGAAGAGAAGAUUAUGGAAGAUAUAUUUCAGGCUGGCGAAGUGGGUGAGUCGAUCAAUAAAAUGCUUGUUAAAAUUGACAAUGUUUUGAAGACAGUUGAAGCGAGCAAUGUGUCCUCGCCAGGGGGACUGGGUACAACCAUGCCUAGCGUAAGUCAGCCAAUGUACCCCUCAUCAGCCAGAGCAAAAUUACCAAAACUGUCCUUGAAGAAAUUUGCUGGAAAUCCUACUGAUUGGCAAUCAUUUAACGAUAGCUAUAAAGCUGCUGUUCACACUAAUGACAGUUUAUCUAAAGUUGACAAAUUCAACUACUUGAAAAGUCUGGUGGAGGGUCCGGCAGCUGCAGCAAUCGCAGGGUUUUCGUUAACUGAUGAAAACUAUGAGACUGCUUUUAAACUUUUGGAAGAGAGAUUUGCAAAUCCACAAAUUAUAGUUUCCAGUCAUGUUGAAGCCCUAUUGAAGUUGGAACCUGUUUCUAAUAUACAUGAAAUUGUCAAGAUUCGAAAGCUGUAUGACAGUAUUGAAACGCAUAUUCGUAGUCUAGCGAAUUUGAACAUAGAAAGUGAAACAUAUGGGACUCUUCUGAUUCCAAUGAUUCUUGCUAAACUUCCAGAGGAAAUGCAGUUGUUGAUAAGUCGGAAAGUUGGCAAGGAUGAUUGGAAAUUGAGUUAGAGGCUCGAGAAAGGUGCUUGUUGUUACAAAGCACUACAGAGAAAAAGGACGGUACCAGGAGAACAUAUGAGCCUAGUACAUCAUCAGCACUUUUCACGGGAAGUGACAAUCGUUCAAUUCAGAAAUGUGCGUACUGUGGGGAACAACAUUUAUCAUCACGGUGUAAUAUAAUUACAGAUAUUUCAGCACGUAGAGCUAUUCUCCGAAAAAAGGGACGGUGUUUUGCAUGUCUGA